AUUGGUAUGACCCAUAUGAUGACCCUCGUCGACUUAUUUCAUCGUGAUUAUGCUGUCUUCGCAACCCGAAACGUGACACAGAAAACAUGGAAAACUCCACCGAAAACCACAUGGAAACUAACGAAGAUGUUGCUGAGGCAAAGAAGAGUGAAGGCAACUGCUGCUACAAAAAGAGGGACUAUGAAGCGGCCAUCCAGCUCUAUACAGAAGCAAUCGAAAUGUGUCCGGACUGUGCCAAUUAUUACAACAACAGAGCAGCAGCGUUCAUCAUGUUGGAUAAAUACCAACAGGGGCUGGAGGACGUCCAACGAGCGCUGAGAAUAGACAACACUCUGAUCAAGGGUUAUUUACGAGAAGCCAAGUGCCACAUAGCGUUAGGUUUUGCAGACGCUGCGAUCCGAUCACUAAACCAAGUGGUCGACUUCGAACCGGGAAAUAAACAAGCUCAGUCAGAGAUGAGGGCUGCCAAGAUGGUACAGCAUCAUGACCAAGACGGCCACAAGGCGUUCGACGCAGGAGACUAUCGAAAGGUGGUGUACAACAUGGACCGAGCCAUUGACCACUCGCCGGCGUGUACCAAAUUCAAAGUCAAGAGAGCGGAGGCCUUGGCUAAGAUGAAACGGUUUACAGAGGCAUCACAAGCUGUCAAUGGUAUCUUGAUGCGGGAGCCCCGUAACGCAGACGCCAUUUAUGUGAGAGGGUUGUGCCUGUAUUACCAAGACAACAUGGACAAGGCUCUUCAACACUUUCAACAGACCCUCAAGCUUGCCCCCGACCAUUCCUCAGCUAGAGUAGCGUUUAAGAAAUGUAAAUUAUUAAAAUCCAAGAAGGAAGAAGGAAACGAAAGGUUCAAAGGCGGCAGAUACAAGGAAGCUUACGACCUGUACACGGAGGCGCUAGAGGUCGAUCCACUGAAUGUUAACACUAAUGCGAAGAUCUACUGCAACAGAGCAACCGUGUGUUCCAAGCUUAAGAAACCAGACCAAGCCAUUCUAGACUGCAACAAGGCCCUGGAGCUGGACCCUGAUUAUCUCAAGGCGCUAAUGAGAAGGGCCAAAUGUUACAAGGAAACGGAGCAAUACGAAGAGGCAGUUCGAGAUUACGAGAAGGUGUGUCAGAUGGAUAGAUCUAGAGAAAAUAAGGCCGCUCUUCAAGAUGCCAAGUUUGAGCUGAAGAAGAGCAAGAGGAAAGAUUACUACAAGAUGCUGAACAUCAGCAAGAACGCUACAGACGACGAGAUUAAGAAGGCUUACAAGAAACAUGCAUUGCUACACCAUCCAGAUCGUCAUUCCAGCAAGUCGGAGGAGGUGCAGAAGGCAGAGGAGGUGAAGUUCAAGGAAGUAGGGGAGGCAUACAGCGUGCUGUCAGAUUCCAAGAAGAAGAUGAGAUAUGAUAGCGGGCAGGAUCUAGAAGAAAUGGAUGGUGGAUUUGGAGGUUUUGACCCCUCCCAGAUCUUCACCAGUUUUUUCGGCCACCCUGGUGGUGGCUUUCCCUUCGGAGGGCACGGAGGGGGUGGCGGCGGUCACCGGGACAGCGGUUACUAUGGCGGCGGUUUCCCAGGAGGAUUCCAGUUCCAGUAUGGCUAAGGUAUACAUUCUUCUGCCUAGUAUCAAAUUUUUGUUUCUUGUUUAAUCUCUGCAUCGAUAUUUUGACGGAUGUAUACUCGCGUUUAUACACUCUCAAAAGUCUUAGAUAUCCAUUGUGCAUAAGGAUUUUUCUUGCAAAGACGUUUUGAACAUGUAGUUGGCGACGCAAGAAUGAAGUUCUGUUCCCUGAAUCAGCCAUGCACUAUAGAGCAAGUUUUGGCACAAACUAUAGUUAACCAUAAUACUACGAAGUUGAAAAAAAAAGGAUUGUUGGACAACUCUAGUCGACUACUCGGAACCGGAGCAUGGGCAUGGUUGCAUCACUGGUAACCAAUAGCCGCUGGUAUCAUACAGCACAACGGGGAGCCAGGACCUUCGUUUGACUAGAAGUGUUUGCGCGUUGCUAUUAGUGCGCAGGUGUAAGUUACGUCACAAAUCAACCACAAGUUGACUAAUGGUCCCUGCCCAAAAUUGCUCAUGGACUGUCCAGUGAUGGUUGUUGUGACUUGGCAGUGAGAUGUUUGAUCAGUGUAGUGCACUGCAUAUGUACACACAGUGCUACAUCUCUUGCAAGGAACAGCAAAAUGACGCCCUUGCAGCUGUGUUUAAGAGCAGAUAGCAAAUUCUUGACUCCAGAACCCUUUUUUUAGCGUGUGCCCCCAAGAAACCUUUUACUCCUAGUUUGUGGGGAACCCAAUUAUUAUUUUGAGAACCCUAAUGAACACUAAUUACAACAAUGGACAAAUUAGUGAAUUCGAGAUGACAAGGGAAUGCUUUUUGUAUACGUGGAGAAUCUUUGUAGAUUGCAAGGGAGUAUUUAUAAAUA